AUGAAAGAAGCAGGGGUUUGCGGUGUCAUUGUGAACAGCCGAAUAAUUAAUGUUUUUAGGAAAACGUUUGGGCUUCUCAAUGCUCACAUCAAGAGGGAAAGGAAGAAAUGUGGUGGCUCCGGUGACAAAAGGCUUCUAGGCAAAUGGCGUGACCAAACGUAUAAAGUCAAGAUAUUUUAUCAUGAGAUUGAUAAUUACCUAAUUGAAAAGGAAAAUCAGGAUUUAAGAGGGCAGAAACGAACACUAGAAGAAUCUUUGGAGGAAGAAACAACAAAGAGACAGAAGCUUGAGAAAAAGCUUUACAAAGCAGAGAGAAGCUGCAGUUACCUCAGAAGAAGAUUUCAAAGCUUAGUUAAAAAAGUUGCAAAGAUGAGCCAAAAAGGUGCCCGGGCCCCGAAAAAAAAGCUUUUGGCGACUACUCAAAGCACCACCAAAGUAGGAUUAAAAAGCAAUUGAAAGAGGAUUGUCAGGCCACUCUUACUUUCCUUGGGCUGUACAAUUUCAUGGCCACCAAAGUGGAAGUAUUCAAUACUGACACAGAACAAUAUGACACUUCUAAUUUAAUCGACGAGGAUCAACUGCCACGAUCAGCAACUGCGACAAACGAACUAACUGAUACCCAGGUUGAUGACAUGAAUUAUUGGAUUUAUAUAAAAGACAAAUUUAAUAUCUCUAAUGAGGCAUGGCAUGAACUAGCGAUGAAAUCUAAAUCUAUACCAAAUACUUAUCAAACUUCCCAAAGGGUAAAUGAGUUGAACAAACAGUGGAACAUANAACACUAGAAGAAUCUUUGGAGGAAGAAACAACAAAGAGACAGAAGCUUGAGAAAAAGCUUUACAAAGCAGAGAGAAGCUGCAGUUACCUCAGAAGAAGAUUUCAAAGCUUAGUUAAAAAAGUUGCAAAGAUGAACCAAAAAGGUGCCCGGGCCCCGAAAAAAAAGCUUUUGGCGAGUACUCAAAGCACCACCAAAGUAGGAUUAAAAAGCAAUUGAAAGAGGAUUGUCAGGCCACUCUUACUUUCCUUGGGCUGUACAAUUUCAUGGCCACCAAAGUGGAAGUAUUCAAUACUGACACAGAACAAUAUGACACUUCUAAUUUAAUCGACGAGGAUCAACUGCCACGAUCAGCAACUGCGACAAACGAACUAACUGAUACCCAGGUUGAUGACAUGAAUUAUUGGAUUUAUAUAAAAGACAAAUUUAAUAUCUCUAAUGAGGCAUGGCAUGAACUAGCGAUGAAAUCUAAAUCUAUACCAAAUACUUAUCAAACUUCCCAAAGGGUAAAUGAGUUGAACAAACAGUGGAACAUAAAAAAGACACCUGGAGAUGCUGAAGGCGUGCAAAUAAACUUCAAAGAAAGCCUUGAGGAACAGAUUGCACGGUUGCAAAGAAAAGGAGAUUUAGAGGAGGAUGUCGUCGGGUCAAGAUAA